AUGAAAUUAAGUGAUGAACAAAAACAAGAAAUUAAAGAGGCUUUUGAUUUAUUUGAUACAGAUAAGGAUGGACAACUUGAUGCUCAUGAAUUUAAAGUUGCUAUGAGAGCUUUGGGAUUUGAUGUUAAAAAGGAGGAAGUUCUCCGAUUAAUUAGGGAAAAUCUUGAUGAACGACCUCUCGAUGAUUCUUAUCCAAUGCUGAUAAGUGCCGAUUCAUUCAUGCAAGUAAUGACAGAUAAGAUUUUAGAAAGAGAUCCACUGGAGGAAAUUAGAAAAGCAUUUAAAUUGUUUGAUGAGGAUGGAACUGGAAAAAUCAGUGUUAAAAACCUGAAAAAGAUUGCAAGAGAAAUUGGAGAAAGUAUGAGUGAAGAGGAAUUACAAGCCAUGAUUGAUGAAUUUGAUUUGGACAGAGAUGGUGAAAUUAAUGAGAAUGAAUUUAUUGCCAUCAUGAGUAACAAUGAAGAUUAUUAA